AGGGACUCAAAGCUCACUCCUAUUUCUUCCGAUUUUCCUUCUCUCCAAUCAAAAUUAGUUUUGUUUCAAAUUCAAACCUUUCUGGAUUGAAAAUACUUCUCUGUUGGCGGAGCUCAUGGCAACAGAGGAAGAGGGAAAGGGGUACAUGGAAAUUGACUGGGAUGACAAGGAGAUUUGUAGGUACUAUAUGGUUCGGUUUUGUCCUCAUGAUCUCUUCGCCGGUACUCGAAACGAUCUAGGACCGUGCUAUAGGAAACACGAUCCGAAGCUGAAAGAGAGAUUUGAGAAGUCCCCAAGACAUGGUGAAUAUGUGCAGAAGUUUGAAGCUGAACUUGCUCAGUUUUGUGAGAUGUUGGUGAUGGAUUUAGAUAGAAGAGUAAGGCGUGAACAAGAACAACAUUCUUUGGAUGUGGAACCUGCACUAAGUCCAUUGCCAACUAACAAGUCUGAACAAUUAUUUGUCCUGGAGGAUAAGCUAAAGAACUUGCUUAAGCAAGUAGGUGCCCUUGGUGAAAUUGAAAAGGUGGAUGAAGCUGAACCACUCAAUAGAAAGAAUCCUGAAGUCAGUGAAGAUCAGGAUGGUUCUAGUGCUCCUGCUCUUACCAUCCAACAAAACUGGUACAGUAUUUUACUCCAGCACAUCUCAGUUUAUGGAAUAGCCGCUGGUUACUGCUUAUCUGCGUCAUUGCUUUCCAUCAUCAACAAAUGGGCUGUGGUGAAAUUUCCUUAUCCUGGGGCACUGACUGCGUUACAGUAUUUUACAAGUGCUGUUGGGGUCCUCCUCUGUGGCUGGUUUAAGUUCAUAGAGUAUGAUUCCCUUGACCUCCUUACUAUGUGGCGGUUCCUACCAGCCGCAAUCAUAUUCUACCUCUCUCUCUUCACCAACAGUGAGCUCCUUCUGCAUGCUAAUGUUGACACUUUCAUAGUGUUUCGAUCAGUUGUUCCCAUUUUCGUUGCAAUUGGAGAGACUCUCUUCUUGCACCAACCAUGGCCGUCAAUGAGGACAUGGAUCUCACUUGGGACUAUUUUUGGGGGAAGUGUGAUUUAUGUGCUAACAGAUUACCAGUUCACUAUCGCGGCUUAUAGUUGGGCUAUAGCUUACUUGAUAAGCAUGUCCAUAGAUUUCGUAUACAUAAAGCAUGUGGUAAUGACCAUUGGUUUAAAUACAUGGGGUCUUGUAUUGUACAACAAUCUUGAAGCUCUUCUACUGUUCCCAUUGGAACUACUUGUAAUGGGUGAAUUGAAGAAGAUUAAGCAUGAGAUCUCAGAUGAAUCAGAUUGGUACUCGUUUGCAGUGAUUUUGCCAGUGGGGUUAUCGUGUGUGUUUGGUUUAUCCAUCUCUUUCUUUGGGUUUUCUUGCCGGAGGGCCAUUUCUGCAACUGGAUUUACUGUUCUUGGUAUCGUGAAUAAGCUAUUAACUGUUGUGAUUAAUCUGGUUAUUUGGGACAAGCAUUCGACAUUUGUUGGUACAGUUGGGUUAUUGAUAUGUAUGCUAGGUGGUGUCAUGUAUCAGCAAUCUACAAGCAAGCCCAAAGAUGUGAAUGAAGUAAAGGCACAACAGACUGAGGAAGAACAACAAAAGUUAAUUGAAAUGAACAGCAGCUCAGAAAGAAACAACAAAGACAGAUGGGCUACAGGAAAUGAACGAGGAAAUGAGAAGUCUCCUUCAAGGUAAUUUUGAUCUCUUAUGUUGCUUGGGAUUUUAAUUUGCCCAUAGCUGCAUCGCAGAAAGAAACAACAAAUACAGAUGGGCUACUGGAAAUGAACGAGGAUGAGAAGUCU